UGUAAUAAUGUCGUUGCUAGAAGUAUAAGUAAUCUAAAUCUCAAAAAUAUCAAGAACCAGAAACAAUUUCCCAACAACAGAUGCUCAACCAUCUCACCAAUCAUGUCUUCCAAAACCCCACUCGACAUUGUCUUCGGCUGCAUGACCUUUGGCCGUGAAGGCGAAGAACAAGUCCGCACCUCGGAUAUAAAUGACUGCGCAGCUAUCCUCGAUACCUUCCAAUCCUACGGCCACAAUGAGGUCGACACGAGUCGUUUCUAUGGCGACGGCACAUCCGAAGAAUACCUCGCCCAACUCUCCUGGCAGAAGCGCGGUCUAGUAAUGGACACCAAAUUUUACCCCAACGUCCAUGGACUUUUCGGCCGUACACCCACUCACUCUAGAAAGGAGGAUAUGGGCAGUAGUUUGAAGGAGAGUCUUACUGCGCUUGGGGCAGAAGGGGUAGAUCUGUGGUAUCUGCAUGCACCGGACCGAAGCGUGCCGCUUGAGGAAACGGCGAGGGCUGUGCAUGAACUGUUUCAAGAGGGUGGUGAGGGGAAGAAGUUCAAGAGGUGGGGGGUUAGUAAUUUUAUGGCUUGGGAGGUCGCAGCAAUCUGCGAGAUUUGCAAGGCAAAUGGGUACCAACUACCCAGCGUCUACCAAGGCGUAUACAACGCCCUCCACCGCAGCAUCGAACACGAACUCCUUCCUUGCCUGCGCAAAUACAACAUGUCAUUUUACGCUUUCAAUCCGUUGGCUGGGGGCUGGUUGACCUCGCGGUAUAAGCGCGAGACGCAGAAUGAUGCUCUUGAGGCUGGGAGUCGGUUUGAUGCGAACCGUAUGCAAGGUAAAAUGUACCGCGCGCGCUACUGGAACGACGAGUUCUUUACUGCGAUUGAAGGUCUGCGGGCAGAGUUGCCGGAAGGCCAGACGGAGAGUGAGACGGCGCUUCGGUGGAUGAUGCAUCAUAGUCAACUGAAGAAAGAAUUCGGGGAUAAGGUUAUUAUUGGGGCGAGUAGUAAGGGGCAGUUGGAGAUGAAUCUCAGGGACUUUGAGAAGGGCCCGUUGGAUGAGAAGGUUGUGAAAGCGUUGGACCAAGGGUGGGCGGUAACAAGAGGAGUGACUUGGAAGUAUUUUCACUAAAUCGGGGGUUGAGUUCGAGGUCGAGGAAGUGAAAUGCGUUGAGACAUGGGAGACAGCUCGGUGAAGAAAGGUUUCAGAGGCGGCGAACGCGGGCUGUGAAAGAAAGGUCAGCCACUUUCGAGACGGUGGACUGCAGGUGGUGGUCAGCAUCUCUGGCUCCUCAGGUAGAUAUAAUAACGGAAAACACUCGUAAC